AGGAAACAACCGCUGUCAGUCCAAAAGAUCCAAAGAUUAUUUUUCACGAAUUUUGCUGCAUUUUCUGCCCUUUCGGCCAAAGUUUUGAUCAAAAAUUUAUUCAAAAUAGAACUGCUCAGAAUCGACCAUUUGCUCAAGUGGUGCGCGAACUCGGUGGCUUAUCCCACAGCGUCAUGGCCAGUUGGGCAAACCGGCCCCCGAUAGGGGACGGUUCCUUCUCCGGUGCGGCCAACAACAACAACCCUGCGUCCGUUCGAAAGAAGUGGAAUCUUGAAGAUAAAAAGUCCUUGCGCAAUUUAAAGUACCACUUUGCGGAAGAUGGUUGCUCGGAUGUGCAGUACACGUUGGCCAAACAGCUGCUGGAGGAGAACGCUGAAACGGACCCGGCGCAUAAUCACGCCCAGGGAGUGCACUGGUUGCUUCGGGUCGCCCAGCAGGGUCACGAGCAGGCCAUUGAUUUGCUUAGCGAUUGCUACAGGAGUGGGCGUGGAAUUAACGAAGCGAACGAGGAGGAUGUGCGAAGCUGCUUGGCGAUGAGCCCGGGAGAACGAUCGGCUAGACGGGCGGCACAGGAGCUGUUUGCCUCGCUUUCGAAUGGGGAAGAAUAUGUAACGGCGGCGCAGCUGGAGAAACGUAUGCGUGAGAUUUACAAAUUGGAUAAAAAGCGGAAGCGAAGUAGGCCGGAUGGAGCGGAAGCAGGCGCGGAAGAUCGAGUGGAGGCCAGCCCGGAUCGGAACGGGUCGUUCAGCGGUAGUCGGAUGAAUAGGAGUUCGGGCCAGUUCCAUCCGGUGAAUCACAUUUCGGAGGCAAACCUUCUUUCGGCGGCAGUCAAUUAUUCCAACGGGAGACUGCCACUGGUCAGCAAUGCUUUGACCCUGUCGGUGCCAAACCCUCAGAGCUUGGAUCACGUACCGUGCUUCCACAGACCGUUCUUCCAUCCGAUUAUGUUUUUCUCGCUCCUCUAUCACCGAUUGCUAGCCAUGAUUGCGACGUUCCCGGGCUCUAGUUUUAACGGAAUCCAGCUUAUUCUGUUACUCAUAGCCUACUCGCUUUUUGCCAGUGAUAAUUUGUUCACGCUUGUUCCCGUCGCCGCCUACUAUGUGAGCCUGAUCGUGAUGGUUUUGUGCAGUUUCAAGAUGCUGAAAUCCAAGCACGACUUCAUCGAUUUUCGAAUGUGGUCCGGGUUGUUUCUCCGGUACGGCGACGAACACCUGAACACAGACGACUCGGAGAACCAGUAUCUUCGGAACAACCUAAGGCCGUAUCUCUACUUCUUCGUGGCAUUCUUCAUUAACGUAAUGCUUCAGCCAAACAUCAACGACCAGUGGUUGCCGUUUUCGGAAAUCACCGUUGUGUCCUUCGUAUUGACAUUCGUGACGAUGCUGGCGUUUAUGUACACCUCCCGAGACCCCUUCCCCGAUUACCUAAUCCUGUUCUCCUUCGGACUGAACGUCCUGGCCAAGUAUCCGUACGAGAUGGACUCGGUAGUCACAACCGGAUGGCGAUUCUUAGACUUAAAAGUUCCCGCCUUCUCAACGUUCGUCAUUGGAAAUGGAAUCGAAUUCUGUUUGAACUGUCGGGCGCUGCUGUACUUAAUCAUUCCGACGUUUCUGACUGCGAUUGCCCGGAGGAACGGCUGGCGUGGGAUUUACCAGUAUCUGAUACCGCACUGUGUGACGCUGGCGUGGUUGCAGAUCUGUAUCAUUGGGUCACAGUCGGCGACGAUGUUUGGACUGGUCCGCGGUGCAUUGGGUCUUUCCGGACUUCUCCUGUUCCUGCCUCUUUUCGGCAUAGUUACUCUGCUGAUUCCGGUCUUUGCCGCAAUCGAAUGGUUAUCGCUUACCGAUUCCACUGUCCGGCUGUGGUCCUCGAUCGGUGCGGCCAUCAUGGCUAUUCUGAUCUCGUUCUACAUGGCCGCGUCCAGACGAACGGAGAAGUACAUUACAUUCCUGCAGAUAUCGAUCUGUCUUGUGGCGACCAUCUUUUUGACCCUACCGCACAUGAUGUCCAACUUCGAAACGCUCCACGGGGCAGAGGCGGGCCUGUUCGAGUCCAGCACGAUUCCGUCGGCUGACGGUGGCUCCAAAACUCAAGGAAUGCCAGCAAAUAGUUUGAGCUGGGAAUCGUAUUACAAAUUCUGCCAUCAGCCAGCCUGGGACCGCCUGGGGAACAAGAUUAAAACCCAGCUAAGGUGCGCCCAUCUGGACGGAACGGCCGUCCGCUGGGAGGGAAAUGUAGUGGAUUUGGAAAUAGCCAGUCGAAAGAAUUGGCGAUCGGAUUUCAUUCAGAGCUACCUGCCACGGUUCCUGGCGGAUAGGGUUGCCUGUUUGUACGGUGAACGCGUGGAACCGGAAUGCGGUCCGGCCGAGGACCUCCGGCACUGUGAGGAGAUGAAGAGUUUCAUGCAGCAGCAGUCCCGUUGCCAUCUGGACAAGUGGAACACGUACGAGUACGAACUGAAGGUGCGAAUGCCGUCGCUGGGGCUGCUCUCGAAGCCGGCCGAGGUCACCCUGAAGGCGCAGCACGCGUUCGGAAAUUUUACGCAGGGACUGAACAACAGCGAUCGGAUUUGGUUUAUAGGCAUCUUGCGGAACUUCCUGAAGCCGACGUCUUCGGGGUACGCACACGGAUCCCGAGAUCCUUCCGAGGGCGGCAGCUUCGACGGUGAUCUUCACAUGGACUUGGACGGUGGUGGGGCUACCGGAAGCAGUGGAACUCGAACCGAUCGAAGCAAUAUGCGUUUGGGACGGAAAAAUCCCCUGAUUGAACUACUCUCGAUCGGCUGCAUCAACUGCCAAAACCGGGAACUGACGUCGAUGCACGUUUCCGAGGGAUUGAAGGUGAAUGCCCGGAUGCGCGAUCUGCUGCGCGGAAUCAAGUAUCUGCUGAACGUGAUCUUCAACCCACUGGUGAUCUUCAAGUGAGCUGAAUUCUCGUCUUUUAUUUUUAGUUUCGCGACUGUUAUUACACCUACUUUUCAAUAAAUUGUUAAGUUUCACGUGAGUUUAACCCACCCUUCUUUUACGGAGUGUUUCGUCCUGAUUUAGGUUUUAAGGCUUUAAGUAAGAGACGUCAUGAAAGCUAGAAGUAUUGCAUUUACGGGAGAAGUUUUAGAUUUGUAUAAAAACAUAGUUUCAAGGACUCGACUAUAAACUAGAAAGGAACUGCUGUGAACGAGAGUUAACAAAGAAGAUAUAGGAUAAAACAAUGCUUUCAUGAUUGAUGUAUGUACUAACGUUUCGUUUACCAACUGCUUUAUUUCUGUGCCUACUAUUUCCCGAAGAUGAUAAUAUAUGUAGCUAGUAUAUGUAAGUUAAGAACAAAUAAUAAAUAAUGAAUGUGAAUUGAAUGAA